AGCUCGCAGCAUCACCAAACAAAAAGUUUCGCCGAUCCACUCGAAGAAGUUGCGUGCGCCGUACCCACAAAGUAUCAUUCUGAUUGCAACGAACUACUGGAUCCAGUCGGAAGACCCCGUCCCCUCGCCUUGAGCUUUUCACUUGAUGCUGAGAAGCAAAGUAUGACUUGAAUACGCCUUCGAAACGGAGAUUUGGUUGUCGGGUCAAGAAAAGUGGAUGCUCGGCCAUGGAUGCAACUGGAGCUGACGAGAAGAAAGACAAAAUGGACCGCAGUGGUUUUGGAGACCUCCUAAAGAAGCCACUAGAAACCAGAGCCCCACACAUCUUCUCAUCCUUCCACAAGCCAGUCGCCUUGGACAUGCGGCAUCAUGAAGGAUGCCCCUCGUACCACUAUGAGCCGCACACUCUCCACGCCGUACACAGGCCCGUCGGAUUGCCAGGCAGCCCUGUCAUAUCUGACGUCUCCCUGAUCCGCCUCUCCCCUGCAUCCAUGGCGACCGGCGACUCCCCCUUCAGCUCCCCUCACGUGUACGUCAACCCUCACAUGGAGCACUACCUGCGCCCGGUGCACGGUGGCCCAACGCUGUCAAUGAUCUCGGCAGCCAGAGGCCUGAGCCCCACUCACUUGGCUCACGACCAUUUCAAAGAUGGUGGCCUCUUUGGGCUCCCUCCACCUUCUCCGACUGGGGUGAGUCUGACCAGAGAGUAUUACCAGUUGAUGGCGAGCCACCACAGCUCCUAUGGGGAGCUGCUCAUGCAUGGGGGAGGGUUAGCCGCAGGGGCCCACCUCUCAGACUACAUGACCCCCAUUGAUGUCUCCCGACUGACUCCCAGGCUGAGCAGGAAAAGGACGCUGUCCAUCUCACCGCUGUCCGACGCCAGCGUGGAUGUUCAGACCAUGAUCCGCACAUCGCCGAGCUCGCUGGUGGCGUACAUCAACAACUCCCGGUCGGGCUCCGUUGCCAGCAACUCGUACGGACACCUGUCGGUUGGAGGAAUUAGCCCAUCCUUGGCCUUCCCUCAUCCCAUCAGCCCUGUGGCCUACCAGCAGCUUCUGACUUUGGGCCACACUCCACCAUUCAUCCAGCCGGCGGCCGCCUACCCCAGCUGCCACCCGGCCCUCGGCCUCUCCGCGUUGUCCACUCCCGGCCACGGCACCGACUUGGCACCCCAAAACCCAUGUGGAGAAUCCGUCACUAACUGCACAGUUGAGCCUGUCAUCACCAAGCGGUCAAAGGUGAAGCCCGAAUCCAAGGCGCCAAGUUCCCUGAUGAACAAAACGGGUGGACCGUCACAGAACCAUCAAGGUGUCUCAUUGGAGCUUGAGGUAGACGUGGAACGCGACGAGUGCAAAGCAGAGCUGGAAGCCGCGUCGUAUGAGUCCAACUGCCACUGGGAGGGCUGCAGCACUGAGUACGAAUCACAAGACCAGCUUGUGCACCACAUCAAUAACGAGCACAUCCACGGGGAGAAGAAAGAGUUUGUGUGCCGCUGGGAGGAGUGUUCUCGGGCCCAGAAGCCCUUCAAGGCUCAGUACAUGCUGGUGGUUCACAUGCGCCGGCACACAGGAGAGAAACCGCACAAGUGCACGUUUGAGGGCUGCGCCAAGGCCUACUCUCGUCUGGAAAAUCUCAAAACCCAUCUGCGCUCUCACACCGGGGAGAAACCUUACGUGUGCGAGCACGAGGGAUGCAACAAGGCUUUUUCGAACGCCUCAGACCGAGCCAAACACCAGAACCGCACGCACUCCAGUGAGAAACCGUACGUGUGCAAGCUCCCGGGGUGCACGAAGCGCUACACGGAUCCCAGCUCACUAAGGAAGCAUGUCAAAACAGUCCACGGCCCAGAGGCCCACGUCACCAAGAGGCAGCGCAGCGACCUGCUGCCCAGGCUAAUGCCGAGGGACAACAACGAGAACCAGAGUCUCGCCAGAGAGACGGUUCGUGAGAAAAUUGCAGGCGGGGAGGACUCCGUGCAUAUCAAAUCCAUCAAGACAGAAAAUUCUGUGAUGCAGCAGUCCAGCCCUGGUAGUCAGUCACUGUGCAACAGCGAACCAUCACCGCUUAGUGAGGCCACCGACAAUGACAGUGGAGUAGAAAUGGAAGGGUUGGGCGGUGGAAGCCUGGGGGACUUCGACGCUCUGGAGUCUUUGGGUAUUGGUGAUUCCAGUGGCGGAGAGGCGGCAGCAGCAGCUAGUUUCAGCGUCCAGCAGCGGCUCGGCUUUCAUCCACAUCUGGAGUCUAUCAAGAAGAAGAAGGUGAGGGACUUCUGUCAAUGGACUGCCCACCCCGUAUUUUCCGCUGCCACCAGCACCAGCAGGCGUGUUCCUCAUGCGGAGUGUAGGCUGUGGUCCUUGGUCUGUUGGGAAGUCGCUCAGAGUGCCAUGACAGCGCUUCCUGUACGCUGAACUCACCUGAUGCCCUCCAGCCUCCGCUCCUCUCGCAACUCUCCACCUGGCUGCUCCAGUCAGACCGCACACUUGCACUACGACUCCUACAAGCCCGUCUCAAACAAUAAUCUCACCGUGCUCCAGUCUGACCGAUCCUCGGAACCUGACCUCACACGACUCCCUCUGGGCAACUAUGCUACACCCCCUGUUCGUUUACAACCAACACCUCUGCCAUUCAUUGGGAAAAAAUUCAUCUCCAAACCUGUUCAGCAUUGUUUAGGGAUUGCGACGAAUCCUACUCAAGGCAGCUGUUUGUGGUUUCUCUUUACCUGCCACAAAUGCAGUCAGUGGAGUGGAGAGAAGAGAGUGGGAACA